GAAAAUCAUCUAUAGCAAUUACGUUUCAUUAUAACCAUUGCCAACUCUGUCUGUCUUCUGUUUAGUGCUGGGCAAAUAUUUUGCAAGAGAUCUGUAAGAACCUCUUAGUGAAGAUAUCCUGCUGCAGCUAAAAUCAAGGCAGAUGGGCCUGGGACUGAAUAAAAAGAGCAAAGCUGCAGGAGCAAAACAAAGAAAAACGAAGAACUAGUGCAGGAUGACAGUUGUCAGUGCGUUUAUAAGUGAGCUGCUUCAGAUUUGGUGGUGUCAUUUGAGCCAAUGGUAGUAUAGAAAUAUAAUAAGCACAGUCUUAACUACAUUGGCUUGGUCCGUGUGGUGUUCUCUAUUUUAUCUGUCAGAGACAUUAACAGCAAUUAAUGACAUAUAACUUCUCCUUACAAUAAGAUUACCAACAUAACUGGUUUGUCACAAAAUACUUCUUGUUACUUCUUGUUACAAAUAUAGUAUGGAUGCCUUUGCAAAAAAGGCUAAAAUGCACACUUGUUAAUGUGAGAAGAGAAAUAUUCCUAAUCUAGAAAUUAAUGUUAAAAAUAUAUUUCCUUAAAAUACGUUUUGUGCAAAUUGUUGCACAUUACAAAUUAUUACCCAAGACAUGUAAGUGUGAUUUUUAUGUUGUCCAUGCAGAAAGUGGAGCUAAAUUGUAUUUUGUACUCUAAUGAGCAUUUUAAACUAUAACAGUCCAUCAGUGCAUGGGAACAUCUGAUUGUAUUGUUCAUGUUUUAAAUCUUUUAAUUUGAUAUGUUAAAAAUGGCUUACAGUUAAACAAAAUAGAAAAAAGAAAAUAAUUUAUUUAAAAAGAUGUAAGUAGCAUGAAAACACUCAAAGCCAGCACUUCAGUACUAGAAAAAUAUGUGUAUUUAAUUUCACCCCACAUAAACUUUUAUAACCCAUCAUUUGUCAUAAUGCGAAACUUUUGAACUACAAAAACUAAAGUCGAGCCGUGCAACUGCACUCUUAUUAUACCAGACAGAAAACAUAACUAAGUCUUGUCUUCCCACAAAGUCGCCCUCCUGGUCCCGGAGAGCAGGCUGGAGUGGCCUUCAUUUAUCAACCACUUCAGCUCCUGCAGACAGCUGUGGGGAGAGCACAGAGGAGCCAGUGUGUUUACACCACAGCUCAGCCUAGGCCCUCAGGACAGAACAGAUUAGGACACUUGCACAUAUUCGUCUGCAGAGCGUGGUGACCUAAGCGUGAUAGCUGUCUGAUCAGCCGGAGUUCGUAUUUACAUUUAUGAUGUGACGAUGAUACAGCAAUCAGUCUGUGAGCUCUGACCUUAAUUUGUGUUCUAUUAUUUAUUAAUGGAAGAAUUCUUUCUGUACCAAGUCAUGCCAACUAAAGCUCUGUUUAGAUGCUCUAGAUAUGAGCUUUAAAGCAGGUUUAUAGCACCACCUUGUGGCGUAGAAAUUAAAUGCGCUAAUCUCAUGCACCGCCCACUCGCAGUGACGCUUCCUCAACCCCACACAUUAGCUAGAGGAUUUGUCAAUCCCCUGCCCGCGGCGUUCAUUGGGCAACAGCGCCUGUGCGUUUGUUUUAUUGACCUUUGAACUGACAGGGAUCAACGCCGAGAGCGAUUUCUAUUGGUAAAUCCACUCACACCCACUUUGCAGUGACCAAAUCCAAGUUGAAGGUGAAAGUCUUCCAUCAUCCCGCUCAGCCAGCUGAUCAAGUGACAGCUCGUCUCUUCGUGCUGCCGCAGCCUCCCACAGUGCAAAAAAAAAAAGUAAACAAAUAAAUAAAUAUAUAUAUAUAUAUUUAUUUUAAAAAAUGUCGCUAUUUUCUGAAGUCCCCCAGGCUGCCCCUGUGGCUGUCUUCAAGUUGACGCAGGAUUUCAAUAACGACCAGUUUCCAAAUAAGGUGAACCUCGGAGUAGGAGCCUAUCGGACAGAUGAAGGCCAGCCCUGGGUUUUGCCGGUGGUGAAAAAAGUGGAGAAGAUCAUUGUGCAUGAUGACAGGCUAAACCAUGAGUACCUGCCAAUCCUGGGCCUGCCUGAGUUCAGAUCCUCAGCCUCCAAAAUAGUACUGGGAGACAACAGCCCUGCCAUCCAGGAAAACAGGGUCGGGGCUGUCCAGUGUCUGGGUGGUACGGGUGCUCUGAAGAUAGGCGCAGAGUUUCUAAGGCGGUUCUACAAUGGGAGCAACAACACCAAAACACCCAUCUAUGUGUCUGCACCCACCUGGGAAAAUCACAAUGCUGUGUUCAGCAGCGCUGGCUUCGAGGAUGUUCGUCCGUACAGGUACUGGGACGCGGAGAAAAGAGGCCUUGAUUUGGCUGGCUUCCUUGGUGACUUGGAAAGUUGUCCAGAGCACUCAGUCUUUGUCCUGCAUGCUUGUGCCCAUAAUCCGACAGGCACAGACCCCACGCAGGAGCAGUGGAAACAAAUCGCUGAAGUUAUGAUGAGGAGGAAGCUGUUUGCGUUCUUUGACUCGGCUUAUCAGGGAUUCGCCUCAGGUAGUCUGGAGAAAGAUGCCUGGGCGGUGCGCUACUUUGUUUCCUCGGGCUUUGAAAUGUUCUGUGCCCAGUCGUUCUCCAAGAACUUCGGACUCUACAACGAGCGUGUGGGCAACCUGACCGUUGUGGCUCGCGAUGCAGAUAACCUGAAACGAGUUCUCUCCCAGAUGGAGAAGAUUGUCAGGAUCACCUGGUCCAACCCACCGUCUCAAGGAGCUCGCAUUGUCACCAUCACUCUUACCUCACCUGAGCUUUUUAGUGAAUGGCAAGAGAAUGUGAAGACCAUGGCUAACAGGGUCUUGCUGAUGAGGUCUCAGCUGAAAGCUAAGCUCCAAGCUUUGGGGACACCAGGGACCUGGGACCACAUCACAAACCAGAUCGGCAUGUUUAGCUUCACAGGCCUCAACCCCAAACAAGUGGAAUAUUUGGUGAAGGAGAAACAUAUCUACUUAAUGGCGAGCAGUCGCAUCAACAUGUGCGGUUUAACCACCAAGAACAUCGACUACGUGGCCGAGUCCAUCCACGAGGCCGUCACCAAGGUCCAGUAGAAGAACGGCACCAUAUCUCCAAUUCUCACCACUUCCUGCUGCAUUCCUGAUCCAUCCUGAUCACAGGGAAUGUGUUUGCAUCCAGGUUUCCAGAUUUUUCUGGAGCAAAUACAAUUUCUCAUGUGCACAGAGAGCUCACAGGCCCCUGGUUUCUCAUUCUUUUUCAGUAUUUGUGCUAUGCUAGGCUAAAUGCAUGCUGGGACCAAGUUCUCUAUAGACUGCACGAAGAUCGUUUGGAUCUUUUUUAAGAGCCACAAUUUUCCAAACUCUGGAGUACUUAUGUAAUUGUGUUCAUAAUUUUUCACCCUUAUCUUAGUCCCCAAUGUAUUGUUUGUAGCUCAAAAUAUGCGUUUGGUAUUUCAAGUUUUAUGCAUCAUUAGAAGCAAGUCUGUGGCUGUAUUACGGUUCCUCAGCAGCACUGACUCUACAGUCUAAAAAUGUUAUACUGUUCAUGACUCAUCCAUUCAAAGUGUGAAAUAGAAGUAUUUGUGUGGACAGCAGUAAGAGUUGUUAAGGGGAAUGAGAAAAAGAGAAUAUUAACAUGACUAAUCUGUAUAUUUGUGUUUACCACCCCGACGAUGAAUGAAGAAUAAAGAGACAGUGUUUGUCAUUUCUAGAUUAAAUGUGAACAAAUGUUCUAAGGAGGAUUUAAGCCUGAACUAUGUAAUCAUAUUCAUGACAAGGCUCUAUGCUAAUGACCUCACAUUUAAUCUGUAUUUGUAGAGUCUUUUUUUUUGCUUCCAGUUGACAUUCAGUGAGCACAAAUGACACUGAGCGUUCUGAACAGGUGCCGUGAACCUGGGGUCGUCACUGCAUGCUGAAGGGUUUUGAUGUUUCUGGUUCUGUCAGGUACCUGCCAGUGGACGUUGACUGUUCAUAGCAGCCGGGCACUGUUACGCAACAUUCGUUUGUCACAGCACAAACAAACUAAUGAUCAACCAGGUUGCUGUCGCACUACUACGCAGGGCAUUUACGAAACAGACGUAUUGUUUAGCAAUGAAAAUGUCCUCAGACAUUCUGAUCAAAUGAAUGAACUACUUCAAUAAAAAACUGUCAAACA